AUGAACUCCAACUCGGGAUCCCUUUUCGGAGGAGGUGGUCUAGGGACCACAACAAAGGCUCCAUCUUCCAGCCUUUUUGCCUCCACCAAUACACCAAGCGCCUUCGGUGCCACUACCGCGGGAACCCAGCCAGCACAGACUUCAUCUCUGUUUGGCCAGUCGCAAGCUCAACCUCACCCUCAAGCCCAAUCCGGAACCCAGCCGAAAAACAAUGAGCAAGAGCAACUUUCAGCUCAGUCAACCAAGCCUGCAUUCUUCAAUAGCCUACUGGAACGAGGUAAAAAGCGCCCAUUGUCGGGUACCGGGCAGAAUGGGAACUUUGAUGACGUCCCCAGCCUCCAAUUAGGCCUUGACGACAUCAGAAGAAAAGCGAGAGAACUAGGCCCUGGGGGCAGUAAAGAUUCACAACAGCACAGCACAGCGACUAAGGCCCAUUACCUCCUAGCAUCCUCUGGCGUUUCUCCUGGGCGAGCCCUGCGAGAUCUCCGCUCAUUGGACCCGCAGGCAUCCUUUGCCCCAACCAGAGAAACUGACAACUUCGAUCCCGAUAACCAAAAGUUUUUGAGAAGCAUUCAGCAACGUGGCCGACAGGUGAUGAUCGCCGAAAGUCUAUCACGAGCUCAAAAAGACUUUGACACAUUCUUGGAAGAGAAAGUGGACAUGGACUGGGAGGACCAACGUCAGAAAAUCUUUCAUCAUUUUGGAUUGUCGCAGAAGGACAGUGUGAAUGAUGGAAGCUUGAGGUCGACCACGAGAGGCGGUGCUUUCGGUCGCUCAGCAAGACAGUCCAAGGCUGGGGCUGGUACGACCAAUGCGGCCUCGCGACGAAGCGUUUUUGGACGUUCAGCUCUUGACAAAUCAGUUAUCGGAACUCCCGGUACAGGACUAGCUAGCGCCCAGCUCUUUGAAGACCCUGCUGAAAGAGGCGAUGGACCAUCUGCGUCUUCGCCUGAUCUCCGAUUCCUACGCGAAAAGAUGGGUCACUAUGCUGAGAGAGUCCAGCAACUGAACAUCAGUCGACUCCAAAAACAGACAUAUCCUAUACUCCAUCAAUUCUCAGAGGUUGAGAAGCACAUCAGUGGCGAUGCAAGUGCACCUCGACAGUUAUCGGAGGCUUACCAUGCCUUGAUAAAGAUAGUGGGCGAAGUGCCAGGUAUCACGAGUAUUUCGGAUCCUGGCACGGUGAAGGCACGCCAAUAUGCCAAGGAUUACUUGGAAGAGUCCAAUACCUCCCUUAGUACUAUCAACCUGAAGAAGAAAAUUCUUGAAGGCUCGCGAGGAUUCCUCGAACAGACGUUUUACAACGAAUUGGAACAUGUCAUUGCGAAAAACCCUCGAGAGGCUCAGCUGGGCGGUAUCCCAACUGUGAUCAACAAGAUACGUGCAUAUGUUCGUCUCCGUGCGGCACGAAAAGAUCUCGUUCCCGAUGGUAUUGAUUUGCAGGAGGUUGACAACGAAAACUGCUGGGUGCUCAUAUUCUACCUCCUUCGAUGUGGGUUUGUCACAGAGGCUGCAGAAUAUGUCAGCCAGAAUCCUGGAUUCAGAUCAAUGGAUCACAAAUUCGUGACCUACAUGACAACAUAUGCCCAAAACAGGCGUCUCCCGCGUGAUCUGCAACAAAAAAUCAAUGGCGAAUAUCAGCAACGGUCACGGAAUGCUCCUGAUAACACGGUUGACCCCUAUCGGAUGGCUUGCUACAAAAUUAUCGGUCGUUGUGAUCUCUCACGCCGUCGGCUGGAAGGUGUCAAUCAGACCGUUGAGGAUUGGAUGUGGUUACAGUUUAGUCUUGCUCGCGAGGACGACCGCGCCGAAGAAAUAGCAGGCGACGUCUUCGGGUUGGAAGAUAUUCAGACCGAUAUCACCGAAAUCGGACAACGAGUGUUCGCCAAGGGCCAGGAUGCUCCUGGUGGCUAUGGAACCUUCUUCCUUCUCCAGGUCCUGGGAGGCAUGUUCGAGCAAGCUGUGGCGUAUCUCGGGACUUAUGCGCCUGUCACUGCGGUACACUUCGCCAUUGCGCUAUCAUAUUAUGGUCUUUUGCGUGUCUCGGACUUCUACACUUCCGGGAAGAAAUCUGUAGGUGUCAAUCUUGGAAUCGCAGUAUCUUUCACCGUGAAACAAUAUCCCCAGAUCAAUUUUGGAUACCUCAUCACGCAGUACACCCGUGAAUUCCGCACUGGCUCCGUCGAAGCUGCUAUCGAUUACUUCACUCUUAUUUGCCUCAAUGCAGACCUACCAGGCUCUCUAGGUAAAUCCCAAUCAUCGGUCUGCCACGAGGCUCUUCGUGAGUUCAUUCUGGAGACACGGGAUUUUGCCAAAUUGCUGGGCGAUAUCCGUGGCGAUGGCGCCCGAGUUAAAGGAAUAAUCGAAGAGCGACUUGAUUUGAUCAACUUGGCCGAUCAAGAUGACUUCCUCAAGAAUAUCACGGUGCAGGCUGCCAGUGUAGCGGAAGAUAAGGGCCUGAUUAUCGACGCUGUUCUCCUGUAUCAUCUGGCAGAGAAUUACGACCGCGUUAUCGACAUCAUUAACCGUGCGCUAUCGGAUGCAAUCGCAGUUGAGCUGGGUGGAAUUAUGCCGAGGCUACAACCUCUUCGCCCCAGAGUGGAGCAAGGCCCAGGCCAGGCGGAGACAGCGACCAAGGGAACCAGCUUGAGCCUGACUGCCGUGGAUGACCCUGUUAUUCUGGGUAAGAAUAUGAUCAUGAUCUACAAUGAGAAGCCAAUGUACUACGAGAAGAUUCGUGCUUCCAACCGUGAUGCCUGCAUUCUUCUUCUUCGCAUGGUAGAGGCAAAGAUGGAAGUCGAAGCCGGUAAAUGGGCGCCUGCACUGGAUGCCAUUGAUCAACUUGGCGUCCUUCCCUUGCAGGCUCAGGGCUCAAUGCCACAUAUCCGCAAUGCAGCCCAAGCUUUUUCCUCCUUCCCAGAUAUCAUCUCCCGCAACAUCGGUCAUGUCAUAAUGUGGUGUAUUGCGUGCAUUGGCCAUGAGCGCCGACGCCAAACUUCGGGUCCAUACGAGACCGACAUGCACCAGGGUUUUGCAGCGAGGCUUUUGGGUAUGGCGAAGGAUCUGAUGGUCUUUUCGGGAAUGGUGAAGUACAAGCUGCCACCUAAGGUCUAUGAGGCUCUUGCUCGAGCCGGGGCCGACAUUGGAGCGUACUAG